AGCCGCCGAAGCCUCCCUGAGCUCCCAGGCAGGGGGCAGAGCUGGCGGCACAAGGGGGGGGGCCGCCACUGGCGGGAGAGGACGUUUAUCUUCUCCCGAUGGCCGCAGAGGAGGCCAGAGCCGGAAGCGGGGAGGACGGUGAGGAUGUCGAGAACACCAUGGACAAGAGGGAGAUGGACAAUCAAGAGCUGCUUCGAGCGUGCAUGAGGAAUGACACUGAAGAGGCCAUGAGGCUGCUUGAAAAGGGUGCAGACCCAUGCUUCGAAGAUGACAGACAGUGGAGUCCACUCAUCUGGGCUGCCUCGCAUGGGAACGAGGUGCUGACAAGGUUUUUGCUUCAGAAGGGCGCUGCGGAUGUAUACCGGUAUGACGAGUCACAGGGUCAGGUAAGGAAAAAGAAGCACAGCCCGUUGCAUUGGGCCGCAUUCAAAGGCCAUGUGAAGGUUCUCUGGCUGCUCAUGGCACCACCACAUAGUUUAUCCCAUCACGAGAAAGAUGCAAUCGGCAAUACGGCUCUUCACCAGGCAGCAGCAGGCGGCUCUCUCGAAUGCACGAAGUGCUUAAUGGCGCAGGGCGUUGAUGUGUUCGCCAGGAAUGACAGAGGGCACACACCAUUUGCGCUCUGCACAAUGCCUGAGGUCCAAGAAUUACUCAACAAGGCUAUGAGCCAGACUGCGUGCAAGGCCACCGGGAAGCAGUUCUCCUCCACAGUGUUGAGGUAUUUGUGUUCAUCGUCAUUGGACUUGUUUUGCGAGUCCGCAGUCACGCAGAUGCACGUGUACGAGGACCCAGAGUCAGAAGAGAAGGAGAAACCCGUCACGUGGUGUACUGAGGUGAAGAACAUUGUCCAAGAGGCGGAACACCAGCUCGACCGCGCCAUGCACCUCAAUCAGCUCGAUACAAUCACUGCUGCCCUAGCGGCGGCCGAGGGCAAGCCAGUUGAUUGCCAGUUGGUGCACAAGUGCGGGCUUCGCAAGGCCAAGCUAGAGUCCGAGAUUCAGCUCACUGAGGCGAUGCAAGUGCAGGUGGUGGAGAAGCUCGAGGAGUUCAACGAAACUCACCAGGCCCUCUCCCAAGCCAUCGACAAUGCAGAAAUGAAGCAGGCGGACGCGGACCGCGUCGAAGCCGCGAAGGCGCUCCGCAGGAAGCUGUUGUCCGAGGCCUCCCUGAUCCGCGCCCUCGAGGGACUGCAGAAGACCACCGUGGGGCACAUCACCAUGGUGGAGGAGCUCACCAGCGCCGCCCGGGGCGACGGGGCCAACGAGGAGCUCCUCGCCAAGGCGACGAGGCUCAUCGCGAAGCUGAAGAGCGAGCGCGAGGUGCAGCACCGCAUCGCCGAGACGGCGCCCCUCUGCGAGAUCUCCUCGUGGAAAGAGGCUGGGGCCAAGGAGAACUUGCCCCCCUGGUCUCAGGAGACGACUCAGUUCGAGGACUUCCACCUGGCCUACAAGAGCGUGGUCGAGACGGCGGACAAGGACGAGAUCGACCGCGAGCUGAUGCAGUCGGCCGUGACGCAGCUGCAGGCCAUGGAGCUGCUGCUCAUCGAGAAGAAGCAGGCGGAGGAGGAGAUGAAGCUGAAGGCCGGCAAGAAGAAGGGCAAGAAGAAGUAGGCACCGGCGUCGCCCUCGUGGCCUGAUGAGUGCCUCCACGCUCCGACGGCGCGCUCGUUCGUGGGCGUGGGGGCGUGCUGAUCGAUGGACGCCCGGGGAUCUCGGGGUUGGAUUUCUCGUGGAAGGUCUCUUCUGGCCCGGCCCGGACUGUAGUUCUCGUGUGUCCUUUUCGGGGAUCCAAAUGCGUCUGGCAGCUCUUUCCGCUCACGUUGCCAUCCUUGCCGGAAUCCCCGCAGGAGGCACCGAGCAGUCGAGGCCCCGGCGCAUUUGCGUGCGCCGAUGCUGGAGGUACCUCCUCAUCGUAGGGCAACUCACUCUUCCCCCUCGUCCCGCUCCCAU